CAAACUCACUCAAAAUAUCCAAAGCUUGAACAUCGCAUUUUGUUUUCUCCCCAAAAUUCUCGUCUUCAUUUUCAUUCCUCCGAUAUUCUUGUCUUUAUUUUUCAACCCACACAGCCAUGAAUCAUCCAGAAAACAUUCCAACGUUGAAGAUGUCACCACCGCAAUUCUCAUCAUCAAGCAGCACCGAUAUCAUUGACGUGACGCCGCCUCAAUUCCCGAUCAGCAACAAUCCACGUUCAGCAUCCGAUGCUUCCCAUUCCUUCCGAAGGUCAAGAGUUCCGGACAACAAGCAAUCCAAUGCACCAAACAGACGAACCGGCAACAUUUUCUUCAAGACCCGUAUUUGUACCAAGUUCGGGCUUGGUACCUGCAGAAACGGUGAGAAUUGCACCUAUGCUCAUGGGGCUGAUGAGAUAAGGCAGCCCCCACCGAACUGGCAGGAGCUUGUGGGUCCUCGUACCGAAGAACGUGACGAAAAAAUCAUUCAGAAGAUGAAGCUGUGCAAGAAGUAUUGCAAUGGUGAGAUAUGUCCUUAUGGUGAUAACUGUAACUUUCUUCACGAGAAUCCUUCCAAGUUUAGGGACGACUCAUGGAAAACAAGAGAGUCGUCAGCAAUCAGCAUUGAGACUUGUAAUAAUUUGGAAGGAAGUAGGGCUGGAAGUAAGCAGGAAAGGGGAACUUAUUGGAAGACUAAGAUCUGUCUCAGGUGGAAAAAUACCGGGAGCUGUCCCUUUGGUGAUGGCUGUCACUUUGCUCAUGGUGAUGCAGAGUUACAUGUUCCUGGUGGAGGCAUUGAAGCAGAAGCUGCAGUUGCCAUAGCAAAUUCAACAAAAGCUGUCAUUCCAACUUUACCAACAACAGGUUUUUCAACCAAUAACGCACCUACAUUACCAGCAAGUGUAUCUGCGAUGACGGAUACACCUACAUUACCAGCAAGUGUAUCUGCGAUGACGGAAGAGGAGAAGAAGGCAAAGAAGGAAUUACUUUGGAAGAAAUUAAACAAGAUCAACCGUAUUUAUGGCGAUUGGAUUGAUGAUUUAUAUCCCGACUUGCCAAGUACGGAAGAGCCCUGAGUUGAAUCUUUUGCUGUUGGAGACAGCCGACAUUUGGAUAAGGAUUCUUCUCCGCUGGCAAACAAUUUUGGAAACAUGGUCAUUGACGAUGGUGAUCAAUUCAUAGAGUUACCUUCUAUUAUUUCUUUUUACCGGUAAUUAGUACAUUUUUAUGGUCACAGAUGCGUGCAUUUGUCAGUUUGAGAGUGUUUCGAUGAAUUCAACAAUUUUUUG